ACCGGUCCGAAGAAGAUUUGGCGCCCAAGCUUUUUUUGCUUCCGUAAGAAUCCUCGGACCUCGAUUCCCAAAAUGGCAUUUCUCUGCUUCUCCUCCGGACCUCCGCCAUCGCGGCAGAACUUUCUCUCAACCUCAUGACCUUCUAAAAAAGCUCAAGCCAACACGUUGAGACCCCGUUGUCUUGCGUAGUGAUUCUUCAUUCUUCGAUUCCCACUCAGCUUAGUGUAGCUAUGUUGGAUUGACUCACUAAUGCACUGCGCACGUCUAUCGAUAUCAAAUCCAAUCACUAGUACAUAAAUCUUACACAAUGGGGUCAAGAACCUUGUCCUAGAUAAGCUGUAUCCCUCUUAGAUCAAUCCUCAUCGCUUCCCCCAAACCACAGUGGAUUCCCUCUGUAUGAAGAUUAUAAAAAAUCAGAAAAAUCAACACACAAGCGAAAUGACUGGACGAAACACUUCUCGAAAUCCUCCUCCAUUGAAGAUUGAUCCCACAACUCCCCCAACGUCAAAUCCUCUCCCUCCCAAAACCAGCUCGGUAACUGGCACAACGCCUAGCUCCACUGGGGCUUCCGCGUCUUCUACGUCGUCGUUUCCAAUGACAAGUCUUGAUACAACAACGUCGACCCAAACUUCUAUCCCGUCGGGCGCCACACAACGAUCGCCUGGUGCCAAACCAGAAGGCAUUUUCACCCGUCUCCAGCACACAGACACCGCUGUCUUUUCCGAAUCACAAGCAUUUACCCAACUACUCAGUCGAAUGGGGCAAGUGAUUGGAGCUCUUCAUUCUACAUGUGAUUUUUUGGAGAAGUCCACGAAAUUCGUUGUUGCAGCAGGACCAGCUAUCAAGGCCGCUGAAGAGUUGAAGAAACUUCGACAUGAUCUGCAAGAACAAAAGGCACAAUACGAAGCUCAAUUCCAGCUUUUGGAAGGAAGGCUAUCCGGCCAGCUGGAGGACGCCAUCAAGGGGGUUCUGCGUGAUCAGGCCCUUUCGUUGGUGAAGAAACGAGUACGGGAGGGAAUUUCCAACUCUGUCUCUGAGGAGUUGCGCCUCCAGAUUCCUCCUCAACUGCUUACUCAAAAUGAAAUGCAUACGUCACAAAUGCUUGAAGUCAACACCAGCGUUUACAACUCAGAAUCUCGUGCACGAAAUAUUUCCAUACGUGGUGCGAGCGAUUCUCUUCACCCACUGUGGUUACCGUCCGACAGCAAACCACACCCUCGAUUUCCACUCACCGUUCGGGCUCUCGCUGAUAAAUCAAAUGAUGAGAUCGAGACCCUCCUGCAAGCAUAUAACAUUGCGAUGCCUCCUCUUCGUAGCCAAUCAACGGACAAACAGCCUGUCAUUACUCGUGAAGAGAAGAUCAAUCACUUCUUGAAUUUCAUCGGGGUCACCCUUCGGGUAGUUCCAAAACCACCGACUACGACCACUGGUAAGGAGGGCAAGAAAUUGUCAUCGACGUUGGUGAUUAGUGCGUGUCAGUAGAGUACCAUUAUGCUUUGAGCUAAAUGUGUAACAUAUAAUGUUUCUUGGUGCUUUUGAUUGAUGGGGACUGCGUGUAUAUUCGUUAUACCAUAUGCAUUUAUUGUACUUUCCUUGAAAUUUUGUAUCAUAUGUACAAUCGGCUUCUUGUAAAUGCAUUCUUGACACUGAGC